AUGAACUUGAAUUGUUUGUGGAAAAAAACUACUCACAGAUUACAAUUCCCUAUCUUUUUACGUUCAGUUGUUAGUGUGAUUUUCUUUGGAAGUGAUCAUUAUUCAUUACCACAUUUACAUGCCUUAGAAGAACGUCAGCGUCAGUAUAAAGACAUUAAAAUUGUGUGUGUUGUUACAACAUCAGAUAAAACACCUGUCGGAGAUCAUUGUAUCCAAAGUAAAAUAGAUCAUGUAAUUUGGCCGCGUACAAUUUCAAACACUUCAAUUAUCGUCGAUUGUAUAAAUCAACGUAUAAAUGCAAUAAAAAACCAGUCUUCAGAUCAAUCAAAUAAAUUAUUGGGUAUAAUUGUUUCAUUUGGUCGAUUUCUACCUGCAUCACUUUUAUCUUUAUUCAAUUAUGGUUGUUACAAUAUACAUCCUUCAUUAUUACCACGUUGGAAAGGUCCUACUCCAUUAUUAUACACUUUAUUAUCUAGAGAUAAAGUUACUGGAAUUACUUUAUUUCGCUUAGAUCCAACGCAUACAACAUUUGAUUCCGGUUCAGUUGUAUAUCAACAAUCAUUCGUUUACCGCAUAAUAAAAGUAUAUUUUUAA